AUGCCUUUAGGAUUGGGAAUGGUCCGUGUGUUACCGGCAUGCGUAGCACAUUUCUUUCUUGUGGAAUUAUCAUACCAAUGGUAACAUAAAGUGCAAGAUUCCCGAAACACUCAUAGACACACAUACACAAACACACAGAAUUCAUGCCGCUUUAGUGCAUAAAUAUUUAUUGAUCGUGUUCUACACCAUGUAUCAUUCAUAUCAUAUCAUAUGAGCUGUGCUGUGGAUAUUUAUGAUUCAGCUCCUCAUUUUCAAUGGAUUACCCGUGGGAACGGUGGAGGUGUUAGUACAACACCGGUCAGUGUUGGGAAGGCUCAACUGUUGGAUUCCAUGCGUUUUACAAUCCAAGAUCUUGUUCAACAGGAAAGUUGUAUUGGAUCAUCCAACUAUCCAGUGGAUAAACCAUCACGUCUAGUUCAAAUCGAAUGUCGUAAACCAGGAUGUCGGUGUGUACUGAAAAAUGAACGUGCUCUAGCUAUGAAAAUUGUACCUGGUGUCACACUGGUGCAGGGAGAAUGGUUAUUACCAAACAAUGUUGCUGGCAAAUCGAAUUGGUCUCAAACAUCUCAUCAACACAUGACAAAUCCUCUCUCAACCAACAAGAGUGGUAGUAGUAGUAGUCAAAAUGAUGUAAAUGGCAGUCAGUUUGGAUCGGCGUGCUCACAGUCAGUUGUUCUUACCUCCUGUUGUCCAUCUUGGUUUGAAUUAGUUCGUAGAAGUGUAAUUGGACCAACUGAUACUGGUUCACAAAUAUGUCCUGAAGUUCCAGUUUGGUCUAGUUGUAAAGCAGUAUGGAGAGCUAAACCAAAAUUUAUUCUAUUACGUAAAGAAACUCAAUGUCUAUUCGCUACUAAUGCUCAAUCUCUUAUUAUGAGUUCAUCAGAUUUACUUAAAAAAGAUGAUCGUACCACUUUAACAUUGGAUGCAGAUAAUGUUGGACUUCUACGUCCUGGAACUGUACUACAAUUGAUUGAUUGUCGUCUGUGUCGUUUAAUUCAUAAAGAUGAUCAAACUACUUCUUCCUCUUCGUAUCGAUUUUCUUCACGUUAUCGAUCGAAACCAGUUUCUAUGCUUCAGUGUUCAGUAGUCGGUGGGAAAGCGUUAGCUGCCCUAGCUGCUUCCAUUACAAAUUUAUCACCUCAGGAUGCUUUGAAUUGGUUCAGUACUGGCCCAAGGUUAGUCUAUUUAUCUUUAGCUUCAAAAUCAAUAAUGUGUAGUCCUGUAAAUAUAUCCAGUUGCUCAAGUGUCAAUACAAAUACUGCUAAUAAUAGUAGUAGUAAGCAUUCUAGUCAUACUGAUCAAAGUAUCACUGAUAAUCACAGUAAUUACAGUAAUAAUGGUGUUCAUAGUAUCUUAUCAUUGUUAAGCACUUAUCAAUUGCCGAUAAUUACACGUCCUGUUGUCGGUUUACGUUCAAGUGAAUGGUUCUUUAUGGGUAGACUGACAAAUCAAGGCAUGAUAUCUAAUUCAGAUUCUGUAAAUAUGCAUUCACUACUACAAAUAUUCUCCUGUCAUCAUGGUGAUUUGAUAUUCUUAGAACCACUCUCUGAUUGUACUGGAUCGAUAUAUCAAAAUGAGGCAAAUAUGUCAGGGAAAAGUCGUUUCUUUGUUGUCACUACAGAUAUGUUGAUGCAGCAUUAUUUUCUAGUAGCUGAUUCACCGACAUGUCAACUGUAUAGUCGAGAACUUGAAACUCAUGCUUUUCGUGUUUCACACUUUCUGGCUGCAUGUCAUCCUGUACAAGGAUUAACCUAUAUACUGAAACAUCUGGAAGAUAUAAGUCAUUCAUCAAAUACUGGUCCUUCAUAUACUCCAUUGACUAGAACACUUGGACCGAUUACAAAUCGAUUUGGUACAAUCGCUAUCCAAUCAGCUGUCACGAGUAUAGCAGCGAUUGCAUCCUUGGCAAUGCAUGAAGAACACAAUGAUAUCCCAAAUGAUCCAUAUCAUCAGUUGAAUGAAAUUCAACCGAAAAUAUUAAAUUAUUUAUCAUUGAAUUCUACUAUCCCUAUUGGUGCUUUCUCCUCUUCAUCCUCUCCACCAAUCGAUAAUAUUGAUUUUUAUCAUUCAACUAAUUGUUUGAAUCAUAAUAAUAAUACACAUUUAUUUAAUACACAUUCAAGUCUUUCUUCAUCAAUAUUUGCUAGUGAAACAGAUGAAAUGAAUGCAUUGUGUGAUGAAAUUGAAGAUAUUUACUUCUAUGUACGUAAUGGUCAUUUUCCAAUGCAUUCACAUUCCUUAUCCUCGUUGCAUCAACGUCAUGAAGAGAAAAGUAUGAAUGCAUCAGCGCCUAUUUCCCCCUAUUUAAAUAAAUUACAAUCAAUAAAUCAAUACAGUUCAAAUAAAAAAAUUAAUAAUAGUUAUAAUCCAGUGUUAAUUGAACAUGAAAUACGAAAUAAUAACAGUAAUAGCAAUAAUAAUAUCAAUAAUUGUCCAGUUAAGAUAACGAGUAAAGCACCAGUUUUAUUGAUUCGUCCAAAACCUUAUGAAAAUUGUUCAACCAGUGGAGAUGGGAUUAAACAGUUCACCUCAACGUCGUCUAUACAACCACCGGCUCAAUCAUGGAAUCAAUUAAAUGUGAACUAUUCCACUGGAAAUGAUAAUUCCUAUUAUCCUUAUUAUCAACAGUCUAAAGAAUUGAAUUUUACGCCGAAACCAUGGCAACCGAUAACCAAUGAUCAUCAGUCGUCUAGUUGUCAUGUUAAAUCUAGACCGAUUUUGAAUAAUAAUAAUAAUAACAAGUCUAACAUAUUUCCGAAUAAUUCGACUACUUCUGCUACUUCUACCAGUGCCAAAAUCAAUAAUAAUUAUAGUGGCAAUUCUAUGGCAUUUAUUAGUUUAACCCCUUCAUCUGUUCAUCAGUGUAAUCAUUCUGUCAGUGUCACUUCUUCUACAUCUUUGACGUCGUCAUCUUAUGAAUAUGGAGCUACCCGUCCACCACCACCUACGACAACAACAACGACAUCAAGGACAGGACAGCAUUACAUACAAACUAUCCCCCCUAAACUCUACAUCAAUAAUAAUAAUAAUGUUAAGGCUCAUGAAAACGGAGUCGCCAGUAUGCAUAAAAGUAGUCAGCUGAUUCACCAAUCGAUGUAUCCGUCUUCGUUAUCAUCGAAUAACAACAAACAGCCUUCGUCGCCUGUGUUCUUCUACUCCUCUAACCACCCCGCAGUAACACUGUCCACCUGUAGUGGAAAUCAAUUAACCAGACCAUUGUUUAUGACUACUACUUCGACAAGUAUGCUGGACAGACAAAAUUGUACACGCUAUACGAAUGAAAAUCCUAAUUACAGUGAGGAGUGCAUUUACGAUGAACCCAAAGAGGUGGAGUAUUCAACGCAGCAGUAUAAGACCGCUACUGUUGUUACUCAUGCUGAUUAUAGUCGAGGGAAUAAAAUGCCGGCGUUCACGACGACUAACGACAUAUCCUGCUAUCCUCCUAUACCUAGACAGAGUAUAUCAUCACCGAGCCAGAAUAGACGUCAUCUAAGCUUGUCUACAUCGCAUCUUUAUCCAUCGGUCAGUGUGAAUUCGACGAGAAAUCGACCCGUAUACGAAAGUGAUAUGCCGUCUUUGGGUGGUAAUAAUAUCUUCUGCCCAACAACAUCAUCUCAUCAUCUUAUCAUAGGUGGCGGCCUCACCACUCCGAAUACCACUAAUAUUACUGCAAUGACGAAAGGCAUUAACCACAGGAGUACUACAGCCUUCCAUUCAACUAAUAAUUUGUCAAAUGACGAGAUGACAACUUCUAUGAUCAAUCGUAUUCAGAUUAUUCCACGAAUGGGUGACUCAUCAAACUACACUACUGCUUUACCUAACAGUAAUAAUAACAGCAGCCAUGAGACGCAUUAUUUCCCCACGAAUACCGACUCAUCUAAUUGUAUGACCACCAGUUCUAACAAUCAACUACACCAAGAACAACCAACACCACCACCACCCUCUAUGCCACUUUUAUAUAAUAAUAAUAAUAUCCCAUCAGUAAGAACGCCUAGGACACCUAGUCGUACAUCACGUCUUUACCAAUCGACAAUACUGCCUUCAUCAACUAGUACAGAUCAGAAACAACAGGUAUCAUUUGUGCACAGACCUUAUCCGUUUAUCCGAUCGUCGAAUAAACAGAUCAAUUCAACAACACAUAUUAACUCUGGUUGUUAUGAUCCCUCAGUAGUGUCAAACACUGCACUGUUACAAUCACCACGACACAAAUCUACUGAGCUGACAAAUUCAUCACCGGAUACAGGAAUCGGUGUAGAGAGUAAUUAUGAUCAACAGAUUACAUCAGGUGGUGGUGGUGGUGGAUGUUUUAUGCCUUUAAAUGCUUAUCAGCAUUCUUCGUCGUCUUCAACAAAUAUGAUGAUGAUGAUGCCUAAAAUUGUCUGGUCACCAAUAGAAUCGAAUAGUCUGCAACAGCGCCAGGAUUCAGAGACUAGUGUGAAAACCGGUAUUAGCAGUAGUAAUUAUGAAAAUCAACCAGGGAAACAGUCGACUUCGUGUAAACUGACCAAGUUGUUUGUAAACAAUGCUUAUCUGAACAAUACUAUUGGUACUACAAAUACUACUACUACUACCACGACCACAGCUAUUACUAAUCACAAUAAUAACAGAAGUGCUAGGAAUCAACCACUUUAUCGAUUUUAAGCGUCCUCUUAAAGGUACGCACACACAUACACACACACGCAUGUCCAAUUGUCUUCCAGUCAAACAAGUGUAAAGGUAAAUAAGCUUCACAUGAUUAGAUGCUAUGGGUUACCUUUUCAUUUAUCAAAAACUUUAAUAUUUUCGUUAAUGUCAAGUAGUGUAUGUAUGUAUGUAGCUAUGACGACUGAAAUUAAUCUUGGUAUUUGUGUGUGUGUGCAUAUUUUUGUGUACAGAACAGUAGGCUUCUUUUCUCUGUCUAUAUAAAUAUGAAUAUAUACACCUUGUCUUUGUUAUAACUCUUAUCUGACAGAUAGUUUCUUUCGCCCAAUGUCUCCGCUUCCCCACUCCACCCCUCUUGACGCGCCCACUUUUAAUUCUUCCCUUUUUGAAAUUUUCUUCACCAGUCAAUCAAUAGUCACAAUUUUAAUAGUAAUAAUAACAAUUAUUAUUAUUAUUAUUAUUACUACCUUUUUUAUUGGUAUAUAAGUAUAUAUUCAUAGGUGUUUCAAAUAAAAUCAAUAUUCUUAUUAUAGUUAGCCUUACUAAUCAAUACUUAUUAUUGCUAUUAUUAAAAUUGUAUUAACAUUUGCCUUAAAAUAGUCUCUUAUUAUCUUUGUUAUCAUAUUGAUCGAUGGUAGGCAGUCUAAAAUUAGUCAUAUAUAUAUAAAUAUAUAUGCCCUAUGGUAAAUACCAGUCAAGUCAGCUAUCGAUCGAUGUCAGAAAUUUGAAUUUUUUUAUUCUUAUUAUUCUUAUUAUUAUUUGGUCUCGCUUAGUCAUAUGUACAAAAGACAUACUUAUCACACAUAGAUCGAUAGGCUGGCGGAUAGAUAGCUAGAUAAACAGACAUAUAUAUGGAUGAAUAAAUGUAUCAUCAUUACUUUAUGCCUCUUAAUACACCUUUGUUUUAUUUAUGACGACAUUUAGAUAUAUCUGAUAAUAAUAAUAUUAGUAAUAAUAAUAGUGUACAAUUGAUGACCACCAUAUUGUUGCCUUGUUGGUUUCAAUCGAAGCCUUUCGCUUUUUUUUCUUGAGUUUUUCUUUUUGUGUGGAUUUUUUAAAUGUUGUUAUAAUGAUUACAAGAAGAAGAUGAAAAAAAAAAUCAAAGAUUAAAAACAAUUCUCAC